UAAAAACAAACAAACAAACAAAAUGGCCGACUAUGUAGUCGUUUUGAAUUUUCGUUUGUGCAGGGCAUUCGAUGUUGUUUCGAGUUCUUGCACUUAGAUAUCACGAGUUCUUUUCUGAACAGGCAUUUGUUCCUUAAGCCGGGCUUUCAAGACUCUUGAAAAUGGCUUCUGACAGCGAUUCGGAGGAGUUUUUUGACGCCGAAACCACCCCACUGCGCAAGUCGGAAGACAAGCUCAGGGAAGCUGAAGCAUCACCCAAGUCAAGCCCAGAAAAACUUGAUGGGUCUUCGUCGGCGGCUAGUGGCCCGAGCAGUUCCGACAACAGCGCAGCUGAGAGGCGAACUUCCCAGAUCGAAAUGGAAAGAGCGCUCGAGGAGGCAGCCCAGAGGGCUCAGGAGACGGAGAAGCGUCAGCGUCAGAUUGAGGAGAUGCGACGCAGGAUGCUGUACGAGGACGAAGAGCCUGGUGGAGGGUUUUCAUCGGAAGACCAGGCCAGCCUAGCGUCUUCCUCCGUGGAGGGUGUCUUCAUUCCUAGUGGUCGUGGCAGCAGUCUGGCAGCCAAGGACUCUUCCGCUCCUGGUGCAGAGGGGGACGGCACGAGCCUGAGUUCUUCCAAUGCCAGUUCGAAGUUGCAUCCGGCCGAGCCGGACCUCGUAGCCAGCACAAAAUCCGGGUCGGGAGAAUCCAGCCAGCCCGUGGCCCCUCCUCGGAAACGGAAGCAGAACACCAAGGGCGGACUGCGCGUCAACACCACCGACGACUCCGACUGUGCAUCCUUGAAUUCCCUUCCCCCCUUGGGGCUCCCAAGCCCGCUGUCGGCGGUCGAGAGCAUCACCCAGGAGCUGGAGUUUUCCCUCGACCUCAGCAGUGCCAUCCAGGGACAGUAUGUGGUCAAGCCUCAGGACGACGAGAGGGACCGGGGCCCCCGCCGGUCAGAGUCCAGACGUUCCCUGGGUCGUCACUCCGGGGCCGGCGAUGGAGUCUCCCGGGAAUCGCCCGAGAAGCAGCCGCUGUUUGUGCCACACAGCCCCCACCGGACCCCCGAAGGGAGCCUGCGCCAGCUCAACAUGGUGAUGCGCACGCGCUCGGACUCCGGGCGAGCGCUCACAGACAAGGAGAUCCUGGACCAGGUGGAAGUCCUCAACCUGGACACUGGGGAAAAGAUCCCACUGAGUGUGGCGGAAGAGAAGCUGCCGCGCUGCCUCAACCCGCUGGCCUUGCACAUCAUGCGCAUCACCUCGGAAUACGUCAGCCACCUGGAUAAGAACCGGGAAUCGGACGAGGAGAGCAUAGACUUCCGGCAGUCUUCCCAAGACCAGUCGGACUCCAACACACUCAAGAAGAGAGCGACGCGCCUCACCAAGAUGAUUGGCAAGAAGGUGGGAAAGAAAGUGGGCAAGACGGUCAGCAGGAUCAAGACCGUGGCUGACGAGAAGCUGCACUCUCGGCAUAGCGAAGAAAUGGAGUGCAGCGACACCGAGGCAUCUCCUGAUGCUCGGGAGGCCCUGAAGAUCAAGACGUCGAGCAGCCACAAGGCGCCGGCUGACUUCGACUCUAUCCGCGUCGUCCAGGAAAUCGUCGGCGAACACACGGGAGCAGUGUGGACCAUGAAAUUCUCGCCGUGCGGGCGCCUCAUGGCAACCGCAGGACAAGACAACAUCCUCCGGAUCUGGGUGCUCAGGGACGCGUACGAGCACUUUGAUGACAUGAGGAAGAAGUACAAGGCGGAAGUCAAAAAAGACUCUCAGGAAAACCCGGGCUCCAGCACUACUGAGGAGGACGACAAGCAGAAGGCCGAUGCUGAAGAGCCCGAGGACGUGAAGGGACCGUUCCUGCCAAAGCCGUUCUGCUUGUACGAGGGACACACUGCGGACCUCCUCGACGUGUCCUGGUCAAGGAACUACUUCAUCCUGUCUUCGUCGAUGGACAAGACGGUUCGCCUGUGGCACAUCAGCAGCCGCGAGUGCCUCUGCUGUUUCCAGCACGUCGACUUCGUCACUGCCAUCGCUUUUCAUCCGAGGGACGACCGCUACUUUCUGAGCGGCUCGCUGGAUGGCAAGCUGCGGCUGUGGAACAUUCCGGACAAGAAGGUGGCUCUGUGGAACGAGCUGGAUGGGCAGACCAAGCUCAUCACGGCUGCCAACUUCUGCCAGAACGGCAAGUUCGCCGUCGUGGGCUCCUACGACGGCCGAUGCGUCUUCUACAACACGGAGCAACUCAAAUACUACACUCAGAUCCACGUGCGUUCCACCAGGGGCAAGAAUGCGCAGGGCCGCAAGAUCAGCGGCAUCGAACCCAUGCCGGGGGAGGACAAGAUCCUGGUGACGUCGAACGACUCAAGGAUCCGGCUGUACGACCUGCGGGACCUGUCGCUCUCGUGCAAGUACAAGGGAUACGUCAACCUCAGCAGCCAGAUCAAGGGCUCCUUCAGUCACGACGGACGUUACAUCAUCAGCGGCUCGGAGAAUCAGUUCAUCUACAUCUGGAAGACGUACCACGACUACAAGUUCUCCUCGGCGCGGCGAGACCGCAACGACUACUGGGAGGGAAUCAAAGCUCACAAUGCGGUUGUGACGGCGGCAGUGUUUGCACCAAACCCGGACGCAGUGCUGAAACAGCUCGACGACGCCGAUGCCAGUUCCGCAACAGCGGCACCAGAGGGCGCCAACAGUGGCGGCAACUAUGUCAUCAUCAGCGCCGACUUUGCGGGGACAAUCAAAGUGUUUGCCAAGCGACCCCGCGCCAAGGCGGCCUCCUAGUUCCUUUUCUUCCCGCCACGUUCUAGUCGGUUGUCUGCUAGGGUCAGUCGCCCUUUCCCGAAUCGCUUUUGGCGGUGCGCUUCAGGGUGAGUGGCCACACAAGACAAACAGUUGGCCAACUUUUCCCACUGGCAUGGAGAAGAUUGUUUGUUGGCAACUGUUACGUUGGGUUCACUAGCUGGCAACGAACCCUCUGGCGUUUGUUGACAAGUGAAGAGAGGUCACCAACAAGAUGUUUUCAUGCCUACAAGCGGGGUCCGUCAGAUGUUUGUUUGGCAAGACAGUGCCCGAAAAGCUCGUUCAACAAAUGGAAGUUUCUUACUCUUGACAGCAUUUUGACAAACAUUUGUUUUCGUCAUUGUUGUUGUUGUUGUUGUCGUCGUGCAAUUUGCUCAGGAAGCUGGUUACUGCAACUAUCGUGGAAUUCAUGCCGAAGAGCUGUUCUUUCCGUUUUUUUUUUUUUUUUUGUAUUUAUAUUGAGGCGCUUCGUCGUGCGAUUUGUCCGUAAGAAAGGCCUGUGAAGUCCCUUGAAUGAAAUAAUGAAUGCCAGAGUGAUGUGGGUACUCAGAGUUUUUGGCAUUUUUGUCUCGUGUUGUAGUGGAGGAAUUUUGGGCAGUUGCUUUUCUCCACGAAACUAAUCGCUUAUUGGUAGAAACAUUUAGAGCAACUGUUGUAGGAAUGCUCUUUCAUGUAUUGGGUGUUUACUCAUCGAUCCAAAUUUUUUUUUGAUGUACUUAUUUAACUACAUAGAAUUCUAUGGAAGGUGGUCGUAAAAAGACUUGGGAGGGUUUGCUGUGCAGCAUCGCAAACCAGGGCUGCAUUGUCUACUUGGGAGGAAUGGCUUAUAUAUGUGUAAUGCGACACUUUUUGUUGAACUACAGUUGAACCUCGAUUUAACAAAGUCACCGCGACCCGCUAAUUACUUCGUUAAAUCAGGAAAUUCGUAAAAUCGAGAAAGAGCGUUAAUUCGGGAACUUCGUAAAAUCGAGGAAGGGAGAACUAGCGCAUAGGCUGCGCGGGGAAUGCGAAGUUCUUCGUUAAAUUGGGAAAUUUUUAAAAUCGGGUUUCGUUAAAUCGAGGUUCAACUGUAGUUGGUUGUACGGGACAGAAAAAAAAAUGUGCACAUUACUUUCCAUGUUAGAAAUGAUAAAUCCAACAUUGCUCUUGUACCUCUUUACAUGCUACUGCAAUUUAGGAUAACCUAUGAACUGCAGCAAAUCGGUUACAUUAGCUCAUCAAAUUAGAUUAAAAAAUAGUUUUGUACAUGUACAUGCAAUUAUAAAAAUUUGCUCAAUGGUUAUGCAUUUAUUAACACACCACUUUCUCCGUUUAAUAAAUGUUGCGUCUCCAGAGUGAUAGCGGAUAGAUUUCAACUUUUCUUUUAGUAUGAUUGUACCUUUUGCACAUUUCUCGAUACAAAGGGACCAGUAAAUUGAAGCAUUGCCAACGUGUGCUCUAGCAUCCACAUGCUACUGCAGGUGCCAACGGGCAUUUGCGAGGUAACAAAUGCUGUACAAACCACACACAAAAAAAGUGGCUUUGUGUCAAAGUUUGCAUUUUAAAGAGUUGUAAAACCACUCUUCCUGGUUUCAUUACAUCAUACAAAAGGCGAUGCAUAUCUAUGCUUAGAUUGCGAGGCAUACUGCCUGCUAUUUCAGCCUUCCAAAGCGAGAAAAGUGUAUUUUUGAACUUGUCCAGUUAAACAUAAAUUGAGUGCGUUGCAUUGUACUCGUUGGCCACCAUGGCUUAUUUUUUCGGUAAGAAAUGCCACUGGACGUAUCUGAGAAGGAAACCAAGCCACACUUGUUUUUAUCCUUGGGGCAAACAAAAUGUACCAUAUGCUUCUGUGAAUAAAUGUAAUACCUUGCAACU